CCCAGAGCCAAAAAUUUCUAACAAUGACAACGCUUUCUGGAAAUGGAUCCUUGGUGACUGAGUUUCUUCUUGGUGGACUAACAGAUCAUCCAGAGCUUCAGCUACCCCUCUUUUACCUGUUUCUGAUGAUCUACAUUGUCACGCUGGUGGGCAACUUAGGUUUGGUCAUUCUGAUUAUUCUCAAUCCUCACCUCCACACCCCCAUGUACUAUUUCCUCUUCAACCUCUCUUCCAUUGAUCUCUGUUACUCUUCUGUUUUCACUCCCAAAAUGCUGAUGAACUUUGUCUCCAAGAAGAAUGUCAUCUCCUAUGCAGGCUGCAUGACUCAGCUGUUUUUCUUUCUCUUCUUUGUCAUUUCUGAGUGCUACAUGUUGACUGCAAUGGCUUAUGAUCGCUAUGUGGCCAUCUGCAACCCACUGCUGUACAAAAUCAGCAUGUCUCAGCAGGUCUGUUCUGGGCUAUCUCUUGCUGCCUAUGCCAUGGGCUUUGCUGGAUCCAGUGCCCACACGGGCUGCAUGCUUAGACUAACCUUCUGCAAUGCCAAUGUCAUCAACCAUUACUUGUGUGACAUCCUCCCGCUUCUCCAACUCUCUUGCACCAGCACCUAUGUCAAUAAGGUGGUAGUGCUCAUUGUAGUGGGUAUUAAUAUCACAGUCCCCAGUUUCACCAUCCUAAUUUCAUACGUUUUCAUCAUCACAAAUAUUCUGCACAUCAGAUCUGUGCAAGGAAGAUCCAAAGCCUUCAGUACCUGUAGCUCUCACAUCAUGGCCAUUUCUCUGUUUUUUGGAUCAGCAGCAUUCAUGUAUCUUAAAUAUUCUUCUCCUGGAUCUAUGGAGGAGGGAAAAAUUUCUUCUGUUUUCUAUACUAAUGUGGGGCCUAUGCUCAAUCCUCUGAUCUACAGUUUGAGAAACAAGGAUGUGAAAGUUGCACUGACUAAAGUUAAGAUUAAAAUUGAGAACAGAGACAUAUUCUAA